AUGGAUAAUCCGAAAAAGAUGCUACUGUAUUCUUCGCACGAUGGGACGUUACUAUCUUUGAUGUAUGCGAUGGGCGUUGGAAACAAUCUUAUGGUGCCGUACGCAUCAGCGCUCAUCAUGGAGAUUUACAAAGAGGGGAAGGAUUUCCAGGUGGAGUUGUUGUUCCGUAACGAGACUACAAGACCACCGUACAAGUUGGCGAUUCCUAAUUGCGGUUCUCCUUGCACUGUGGACAACAUGGCUAACCAAUUCAAUAGCAUGCGUUUGGACAGCUAUGCCGAACAACAGAAGCUUUGCGGAACACCGCUGGCAGAAUGCAAGAGCUCUUCGCCGAUGUUCUCUUAUGUUCUUGGCAUCGCCCUCUCGAUGACCUUCUAUUUUCGCUGA